AACUGAGCGGUCUCUCCCAUUCUUCCAUCUCCAUUUCCAUCAACUCCGUUCUCCAAACUUUCAGACCGCUUUCUCUCUCUCCAAAUUCAAUCCCAAACCCCCAAAAUUUUACCCUCUUCAACCCUAGAACUCCCUAAUUUGUUCCUCAAACCCUCCCUUCUCCCUUAAACCAUGCUCCAAUUCUUCUUCACCGUCGCUUUCUCCGCGGUUCCUUUGACUCUCUACGUUCCUCCACUCCGUAGCUUCAAUCUCUUCGUCGAGACCAUGGAGGAGAUACUUCGCGAGUCUAGAACAUACACCAAUCGAGUCUAUCCCCGAGCUCGCCAUGUUUGGUUGAGGGUUUUGGAUUGUAUUCUUUGCAGCACCAGGUAGAUUUUUUUUCUUCUUUUUCUUUUCAAGAUUUCCAACCCCAGGACUCUCGUCUCUCUGUAUAUAUUCUUUUAUUUUCUCUCUCCUUUGUUUCAUAAGAUUUUAAUGAGUGUGGUUUGUGGUGCUGACUGCUCAUACUGUUCUUGCGGGAUUCCGUUGUAAAUUGCUUAUCGUAAAAUGUAAGAGGAGGAUGUGUUUCUUGUUAACUUUUAGAAAAAUAAAAUAAAAUGAAGAGAUGAUGUUCACAAGUUAA